GGAUGCUCUCGGCCUCUUCGCCCGCCGCCUUGGGUGCGAGCUGCGGGUCCCCGCGCCCAGAGCGCUCCACUCCUCGCGAGUCCCGCGCAUCCGCUCCCGCAGGGAGCAGCGCCCCCGAGCGCCCAAGACAGGCAGAAACGGCGCAGCCCUACCCCAGAGGUCGACUGAGGGGUCUCCCACAAGGUCACGCAGAGCGCCCUGAUCGCCCCGAGUGGGAGCGAGGAGCGGGAGGCUCUCCUACCCGCCUCCGUAGCGGAUGCGGACUCUCUUCCUCUGCGCUCCCCUCCCAGCCCUGCCUCCAGCUUUACGGAAGAUGUUGCUGAUGCAGCUUCCAGCCCCGGGCGGAUAAUCGGGUCUAGGCCCCACCAUGAGGCUCCAGCCCCUUGGGAGCCCCUGUGCUCCCCUGGCCCCGGGCUCACCGCGCUAGCCCCAGGCAGAGCAAGGGCAGGCGCGGGGCCAUGGCCAGCCACGUGGACCUGCUCACAGAGCUGCAGCUGCUGGAGAAGGUGCCUACGCUGGAGCGCCUGCGCGCAGCCCAGAAGCGCCGGGCUCAGCAGCUGAAGAAGUGGGCACAGUACGAGCAGGACCUGCUUCAUCGCAAGCGCAAGCAUGAGCGGAAGCGCAGCACGGGUGGACGUCGCAAGAAGGUGUCCUUCGAGGCCAGUGUAGCGUUGCUGGAAGCCUCACUGAGGAAUGACGCCGAAGAAGUACGCUACUUCCUGAAGAACAAGGUCAGCCCUGAUUUGUGCAACGAGGAUGGACUUACAGCCUUGCACCAGUGCUGUAUUGACAACUUUGAAGAGAUUGUCAAGCUGCUGCUGUCCCACGGUGCGAACGUGAAUGCCAAGGACAACGAGCUGUGGACACCCUUGCACGCGGCAGCCACCUGCGGCCACAUCAACCUGGUGAAGAUCCUCGUUCAGUAUGGGGCUGACUUGCUUGCUGUCAACUCUGAUGGAAACAUGCCAUAUGACCUCUGCGAGGAUGAACCCACCCUGGAUGUCAUCGAGACCUGCAUGGCGUACCAAGGCAUCACGCAGGAGAAAAUCAACGAGAUGCGAGCAGCCCCUGAGCAGAAGAUGAUUUCAGACAUCCACUGCAUGAUAGCAGCCGGCCAGGAUCUCGACUGGAUCGAUGGCCAGGGUGCCACACUGCUACACAUAGCUGGAGCCAAUGGAUAUCUGCGGGCAGCCGAGCUCCUCCUGGACCAUGGAGUGCGUGUGGAUGUGAAGGACUGGGAUGGCUGGGAGCCUCUGCAUGCAGCAGCCUUCUGGGGACAGAUGCCAAUGGCAGAGCUGCUGGUGUCCCAUGGAGCUAGUCUCAGUGCCAGGACAUCCAUGGAUGAGAUGCCAAUAGACCUGUGUGAGGAGGAGGAAUUCAAGGUCCUGCUGUUGGAGCUGAAACACAAGCAUGAUGUGAUCAUGAAGUCGCAGCUGAGGCACAAGUCAUCCCUGAGCCGGAGGACAUCCAGCGCGGGCAGCCGUGGGAAGGUGGUGCGUCGAGCCAGCCUGUCAGACAGAACCAACCUAUACCGGAAAGAAUAUGAGGGCGAGGCCAUCUUGUGGCAGCAGCGGAGCGCAGCUGAGGACCAGCGGACUUCCACCUACAAUGGAGACAUCAGGGAGACCAGGACAGACCAGGAGAACAAGGACCCGAACCCCAGGCUGGAGAAGCCCGUGCUGCUCUCAGAAUUCUCUACCAAGAUCUCACGGGGAGAACUGGAUGGGCCUGUGGAGAAUGGCCUCCGGGCUCCUGUCAGCACUUACCAGUAUGCGCUGGCCAAUGGGGACAUAUGGAAGAUGCACGAGAUGCCUGACUACAGCAUGGCCUACGGCAACCCUGGCGUGGCUGAUGUCCCCCCACCCUGGAGUGGCUUCAAGGAGCAGAGCCCCCAAACGCUCUUGGAGCUGAAGAGGCAGAGGGCCGCAGCCAAGCUGCUCAGUCACCCAUUCUUAAGCACCCACCUGGGCAGCAGCGUGGCCAGGUCGGGGGAGAGCAGCAGCGAAGGCAAGGCCCCCUUGAUUGGAGGCAGAACUUCCCCCUACAGCAGCAACGGGACCUCGGUGUAUUAUACAGUCACCAGCGGAGAUCCCCCGCUCUUGAAGUUCAAGGCCCCCAUGGAGGAGAUGGAGGAGAAAGUUCACGGCUGCUGCCGGAUCUCCUAGUGUCCGUGAACUGGAGGAGAGAGCUGCCUCGGAGAGGGGCCCCUGGAAUCCAAAGCCAGUCCAACAGCCCUGGCUGGCGAGGUGUCGGGGCAGCUGGGGAGAGGUGGGAUCUGCUUUCUAGAGGAAUGCUGACCUUACCUCAUGCCCAGCCGCCCAUCGCAUCUCCACUCCCUUCUGUGCUGCUUCCUUGCCUCACUCAAUGCCUGCACCUGAAGUGUAGCAGGCCGACUCACUCUGCAGUCUGAUUCAGGAAGGGUGGGCCUGGGAUCUCAGUUCUGUACUUGGUAAAGGCUUCUUAGGACCAGGAAUAUCAACUCCCUACACACACACACACACACACACACACACACACACACACACACACGCUCAAUUUAGUGUGUAAGAAUGUUACACCUGAGCUCUUGGGAAACAGAUGAGGCUAAGAACUCAUGGGCUAUCCCCAGAAGAAUGAAUGAGUUCAAGACAGUCUUGGCACCACUGCCAACUGGCUUCCACUGGGGAGAGGCCUGCUCAGCUGAGACCCACAGCUCUGAAGUCAUACCAGGCUGGGUCACUGUCACACCUAGCAAGAGACAGGAAGUCCUAUGGGUUCAGGGAAGCUGGGAAUCCAUAUGGAUCAGGUUAGUGGGCCCAGGCCUGCUCCCCACAGCCUUGCUGAGAGCUGUUCUCAUACAUAUGUCAAUAGGAAAGUGGAGAAGUGUUCAAAGGUCAAACGGGAAAGCCAGGCCAUCCAUGCUUCCGUGGGAGCACAGGAGUUGGGUUGGGUUCAGCACACUGGUAUUUUCCAAACUGCGUUUGGUAAAAGCCUUCUUUGAGGCUGUAAGAUUCCAGGUGGGAGGUUCCUGAAUUUGCCUUCUCCCAAGAUUGUGUCACACUUGGGUGUUAUUGUCUGGCAUUUGAGAAAUGAAUUUCAUCAGGAGCUUCCGUGGGGCUAGGGCUCCCAGGGAGAAGGUGAACGCGUUGCUGAGAACACCGUGGUUAACAUUGACAUAACAGCAUCCUAGCUGGUCUUUGUGGUUUUCGUGCUGUUUUGGGCCAGCCCAUCUCAGCCUGGCCUUCUCAGCCUGAGCCAUCCCAUCUUUCAGUUGAGGCUUGCACCCUGCCCUCCCACCUGACAGGAUUGAGUCCGCAGAGUGAAUGCUCAAGCCCAUGCCCCUUCAAGCUUUGCCUUUUCUGUAAUGUUGUGUAAGACAUGUUUGCCAAGUGUCACUUGUCGGCUCUUGCCAGGAGGUCUCAAAGCUCCCAGCCUGCUUCUUCUGGAGUGGUCAUGCCCAAAGCUGCAAACUGAGGUGCCCGCGGCCACCAUCCUGUGCUGCACUCAGGAGAGCAUGGCGUGGUUGGAGUUAGCUAUCAUCCCAGCUGUACAGCUUUGCUGCCCCUGUCUUCUUGAUGCUGGGGAAGGAAGCCCACACCACAUCACCACCAUGCUAUCCCACAAACCCGUUGAAAUUGUGCCCCGUACCUUGAGUGUGACACACUGGCUCUGCCAAAACCUUCUGGUGCAACUGGCAAGCUACGAGUUGGUUCAUUGCUCUGUGCUCUUUUUAUUUGUCCUCAAACUACCUCCUUAGAGCCCCGAGAGGGUCCCUAUGUCUUUCGGAUGUAUGGGACAGAUACUUCUUUACAGCCCCCUAUGCCAUACCCUUAGUAGUCAGGCUUGCCACUUGUUUGUCUCUGUCUCCACUGUGGCCUCAGGGCCUCAGUAGACUAGAAAUGAAUCAGGACCUGACUAGAUCUGCAAGAUGCUUUAUUAGAACCAGGAGUGUGGGCCAGAGAGCACCCUGGAGGCUGCUGGAUGCAGAAGGAGGUGCACAACACUAGGUCAUCUCCACUCCAGGACAGAUGGAAUCCGGCAUGGUGCAAUAUCAUAAGAGACUAAAGACAGUUUCUGGAAUCCCUGGGGCCUCAGCUAGGCUCUACAGAGCCCAUAGCUGAAAGAGGAGAUGAUCAAAACACACACCUGUGGCUUUAAACAUUUAGCUCUGAUAGACACUGAAAUGCCUCUGGAGAUGAUUUUAGCCACAAGGUGGGCAGUUGCCCAGGCAGCCAGCUAUAUACUCUUAGGAGUCAGCUGCCCAGGGUUUCUGAGCUCUGUGCUCAGGGGCCAGAGAAUGAAGGCAUUUAUUGCCAUCUCUGAGCCAUUCAGGCCAUCUCUUCACACCCAGCACUUCUUCCUGCCUCCUGGACCGUUCUUCUCUACCUGAGGGGUGGGAAACUCAGCUGCCUCCUGCAUGGGAGCUAGUCCCAGACGGUGUGGACUCAUGGGCUUUUGUUCAUGUUUUCCACUAGGGAUAAACAAAUGUUUCCUGUUCAGGCUCCAAGUCCCCAGGGCACUUUGUGACUCUUUGGAAUAUUGAGAGCCACAAUGAGGAACAGUCUCCAGCGCAUGAGCCAGGGCCACCCACCCAUUCACUCAUGUGAUCUAUUGAGGUGCCGAGACACACCCGAUGUGCUGUUAGUUUCAGCAGAUAAUGGACUAACCUGGCGGUGAAGACUUUGAUCUCUUGAGGACGGUGGGCAUCCCCGGACUCAUCCAUUAUUCUAAUCAGAGUGCCUCCAUGCCAGACCAGUGUCCCCACACUUUGCCGCACCUACAGUUCUUAAGAGUGUGAAUCUCUUUAUCUGGGACACAGCUUUCUGACCACUCCUAGAUAACAUUUGCUACUAAGUGCAGAGGCUAGAUCUCAGGUACCAGGCAGACACUAUACAGGUCCAUCUAGAUAGAGCCUUCAGAGGUAGCCUUCAGGCCAGCAUCCAUGGAGAACAAUACAACAGCAGUCUAAGGUCAGUGCCUGGAAGAACCAGAAGUCUGCAAUUUGCUGUCAAAUACAUCCCUAGCAUUUACAGUCCUCUCCUGCUUGUUUUUUUGCUCAUGAAUCAUACAGUCUUCUCCCCUACACCACCAAUGGGUGUUGGGAGGGAGAACAACUACUUCUCUUCAAAUUAAACAUUUCCAUGUGUGUCAGCCUCUCUCCCUGGAAGAUGUGGAUCCAAGGGCUAGGAGAAGCCUGGCAAGGUUGACCAGAUGGCUCAAUCCUACUGAAGACAUCUAUUUCCAAUCCAGGUGCCCUGCAGUUCCCUGUGAGCUGUGGUUCUUUGCACCCACCUAUGCUUCCCAAACUAUUAGAAAUUGGUAGCUAUCACCAGAUUGUGAAUUUCUGGCCAGUAGCUCAGGGAAUUGGAAUGAAUCCUAAACCCAGGUCUACUGAAGACUUUGGGGACAUAAUUCUUUAUCAAAUAUACAGCGUUAAUGAAGCGUCUCUGUACUAUUUGAUUAACUUGUAGACUUUUGAGAAGCUUGCCAGAGUGUGUCCCUCAGCCAGGUGUAGUGGCACACACCUUUAAUCCCAGCACAUAGGUGGCAGAGGCAAGUGGUUGUAUUUCUGAGUUCCAAGCCAGCCUGGUCUACAGAGUGGGUUCUAGGCUAGCCAGGGCUACUCAGAGAAACCUUGUCUCCAAAAAACCAAAUAAAAAAUAAAAUCAAAUAUGGCCUCUGGGUUGGGUUAACACAGUCUAGCUUUGUAACAAUGUGAGACUCGUGGUUCUUAGUGUUCUAUACCCUCUGGUUCUGGGCGUUGUCUCCCACCUGUCCUUCUAAAGCAGGAUAUUGGGAUAUUUUCCAGAGGGGCCAUCCUUACAUGAUGUUGGGACUGUCUGAACUGUCGCUAUUUGUAGCCUGGUAAUAUCCCCUUCUUCCCCAGGGCACAGAAAAGCCAAGGGUCAUAUGGCCAGGGCCAACAGCUCCACUAAAGUGACCCACCACUUUUCUAGAAAGCCUGAGACCUCUCCCUUGUUGACCAGAGGGCCUGCUUCUCAUGGGCACUUCAAAUGCCACUGUGCGGGGCCUGGCUCUGCAUACCUAGGAAAAGUCUGCAGAUACCCAGCCCUCCGCAAUAAUUCACCAGACCAGAAGCCACUGAUGUACAGAGAACACUUAAGAAAAAAAAUGUAUUUUAUGUGAAAAAAAAGUUAAAACUCUGUAUACUGUAUCAGCAGCUUUGUGUAAAAAAUGGCAAUCAAAAGAGUCUAAUAUAUUUAAAACUUUUUUUAAAAAAAUAUUCUCAUGGAUCUUUGAUAUCGUUCUGAAGCAGCUCCACGCCUCCAAGAUGGGGUCUGACCAUGUCACCAAGGGGCCUGUGCCUCUGGAGUUACUUCCAGCUGCCAAGGCCUGUGACGGAAUUCGUUGUUAUGGAUUUUUAAUUAAGAUUAUUAAAUUCCUUUUAAUAACA